AUGGCCGAUGUAUACCUCGACAACGACUUCGUAGGCUCCUACGUGCCGCGGCACAAACAGACCAACUCGACAAACGGACAAAGCGGCGCCAACCAUGCGGCGCCCAAUGGCUCAAGCCCGCCCAAAAAGCGCCUCAUCCUAAACGCCUUCGUCGAAAUGUGCUCCGGCCACCAAAGUCCCGGCCUCUGGCGCCAUCCCGAUGAUCGCUCGUCCGACUUCAACUCCGUCCGGCACUGGACGAAACUCGCGCAAACGCUCGAAGCAGGCGCCUUCCACGGCAUCUUCAUCGCCGACGUGCUAGGUGGUUAUGAUGUGUAUGACGGCCCGGAGAACUUGGAUCCCGCUGUGAAAUCGGGGGCGCAGUGGCCUGUCAACGAGCCUUUGGCUGUCGUGCCGGCUAUGGCGGCUGCGACGGAGAGUAUUGGGUUUGGGGUGACGGUUUCGACGACGUAUGAGCAGCCGUAUCAUCUCGCGAGGAGGAUGAGCACGCUGGAUCACUUGACGGGGGGUCGCUGUGGGUGGAACGUGGUGACGAGCUAUCUCGACAGCGCAGCGCGCAACCUGCUCAACGCAGACGGACCCCAACUCGAGCAUGACGAACGAUACGCCAUGUGCGAAGAGUACAUGCAAGUCGUGUACAAGCUGUGGAACUCCUCCUGGCGCUCCGACGCCGUCAAACUCGACCGCAAAACAGGCGUCUACACCGACCCGCGCCUCGUGCGGAAAAUCAACCACAAGGGAAAGUACUUCACUGUACCAGGGCCGCACAUCUGCCAGCCGUCACCACAGCGGACACCCCUUAUUUACCAAGCCGGGACUAGCAAAGCCGGGAGGGAGUUCGCCGCGAGACACGCUGAAGCAGUCUUCACAUCCCAGCACAGCCCGGCAGCAGUGGCGAAGAACGUAGCCGAGAUUCGGCGGCUAGCCAGAGAAGCCGGACGCGAUCCCGCGGACAUCAAAGUGCUCGCCAAGUUUGCGCCCAUCCUCGGGCGAACAAAGGAGGAAGCGGAGGCCAAGUAUCGCGAUUACGUGCAGUACGGGGACUACGAUGGCGCGCUUGCGUUGUUCGGCGGCUGGACGGGCGUGGAUAUGGCGCCGUAUGGCGAGGACGAGGAGUUGAAGGAUGUGGAGUCGAACGCGAUUAGGAGUUAUGUUGAGAAUUUAAUCAAGCAUGCGCCGGAAGUCAAUGGCGGCAAGUGGACGAAGCGCACGCUGGCGGAGCAUAUCAUGGUUGGCGGGCUGGGGGCUACGUGCAUAGGGACUCCGGAGACGGUGGCGGAUGAGAUGGAGCGAUGGGUCCGAGAUGGAGACGUUGAUGGAUUCAAUAUUGCCUACGCCAUCAUGCCCGGCACAUUCGAAGAUGUCAUCGAGCUUUUGAUCCCUGAGCUACGGCGGAGAGGCAUCUUCUGGGACGGGUAUUGCGUGCCUGGCGCAUCGUAUCGGGAGAACUUUUACGAAUUGCCGGGGCAAAAGGAACCGCUGCCUUCGCAUCCGGCUGCUGCGAUGAUUUGGAGGUCGUCUCAUGAGCCGGAAAGCGAGGCGAAGGUGAAUGGAGAGCGUGGAAGAGGAGAGGGGUUGAAGCCGGAGAAGAAGCAGGAAGCAAAAGAGGACAGGAGGCAUGAUGCAAAGCAGGAAAAGAAGCACGAAGAAGAAAACAACGGCGGACACUACACGGACUGGUGGUGA